AUGAUAAACAACGGCCUAGAGAUUACAAUAAAGAAAUUGGACACGAGUUCUACACAUGAUUCAGAUUCCGACUUUGCAGCUCAGUUUUUGAUUGUUUCAAGACUGAAGCAUGAGCAUUUUAGGGAGCUUAUAGGUUAUUGUUUGGAACAAUUUAACAGAAUAUUGGUCUAUCAGUAUGCAACAAUGGGCUCUAAACAUGAUGUUUUACAUGUCCUGAAAAAUAUCGACGAGGGGGAGAAGACGAACAAAGAGGAGGGUGAAGGCGAGUCCCAUGCCAAAAAAAAAAUUGAUUUUCAGGUUAAAGAUGUAGAUCUGGAGUCCGAUUUUGAGGUCAGUGUUGCGCCCUCCCCCACCCCCAAGCGCGGAUCUAAGGUUUCCAGGCCUCCUCCGAAGCUUUGGCGAAAGAGGAAGGCUGCGGUGGUGGCGAUGAGGCGUUUGCGCGGGUUGCCUGAUUUGCCGGAGUCCGACCUCGUGGUGCUGUCCUCUGAUGAGGAGGCUGAGCACUGA